AUGACAUCGGCCGGCCGCUCUGUCCCUGCCGCUUUUAUCCCGACAAGAAAGAAGAGAUCCAGCACCGCACGUGGAUCUGCGCCUGCGACGACAUGCAGAUUUACAAAUACUGCCACUGCCUGCUGUUUGUGGACAAAGACGGGUUGCCCAUCACCGAAUACCUUCCGGAAGACCACGAAGGUCGUGCAAUCUAUGGCUUGGUGA